UGCGAGGAGGGCAGGGCCGGAGACCAGGAAAUGCAUUUUUCGCUGUAAAACGAGCACCAGCGUCCGUAUUAGGCCCUGCGAGUGCGCAACGAGUGUCCGAAGAGCGCCCAGACGGAUCGGACGGCCGUCUGACAGCGAAAAUCGGCCCGGCCGCAGCUAUAAUGCGAACGUAAACACGCAGAGGCACGUAUUCCGACAUCCUGUUAAGUAAAAGAGGGCCCGAAAAUGCCAGCCGUGCGAGACUCGAGCAUCGUCAAGAUCGCCGUGCAGAUGAACAAUCAAACGCCGCGGCUGAUCGAAUUCAACCAGAAGCAGCCGCUGAACUGCAUCAUCCAAGAGCUGUGCAACCACUGGAGCAUCGAGGAUGCUGAAAACUACGCCCUGCAGACGGACGGCCCGCAGAACAAUUACGUCACGGAGAAGAGCCGGGUGGACAUCCGCAACGGCUGCAUCCUGCAGCUGACGCUGUCCGCGGCCAAGAUGACCACCGAGAUUUUGGCCAAGAUCAACGGCGACGUCGAGGCGGACAGGGCGGCCGCCCUGGAAAAGCUGUCCCACCUCAGCACGGACAACACCUUCGCGGAGGAGUUCAUCAACAAGCAGGGCCUGAAGCUGGUGACCACCCUGAUCGAGAGCGGCAAGCUGCAGGGCGCCUCGUUGGCCCACCUGCUGGCCUCGUUCGUCGAGUUGAUGGACCACGGCAUCGUGUCGUGGAUCGUGCUGGAGGCGCCGUUCAUCUGCAAGGUGGCCAGCUACGUCAACGACGUCAGCAACCAGGACAACGGCGUCAAGCAGUCGGCGCUGUCCAUCCUGGAAAACGUGAUUCUCAACAGCGACAAGUACCCCUUGGUCGAGAAGGAGGUGACCAUUCCGAACCUGACGCGCCACCUGCAGAGUCCUGUCGCGAUCAUCAGGCAGAACGGAAUGGCCCUCAUCAACGCCCUUUUCAUGAAGGCCGACGAGCUGAAGAGAAAAUCGCUGGCGGCCACCCUGAGCUCGAAGCAGGUGCGCCACACGAUCGAGAGCCACAUUCUGCAGGGUGGGGCGGUCGACUCGGACAUGGCCCACCAGCUGUACGUGCAGCAAACGCUGCUCUUCAACCUGCUGGAGCCUCGCAUGCACACCAAAAUGGAGCCGCAGGACCAAGACGCGCUGAACAAGAUCAAGGAAAUGCGGAGGAUCGCUUUCGAUACCGAUUUGGAGAACAAAGACUCCACCAACAAGAAGAAUUCCACCUUCAACAAGGAGUACAAGAAACUGGGCUUCAAGUGCGACAUCAACCCCGUCCUGGACUUCACGGAGACGCCCCCCGGGCUCUUGGCUCUCGACUGCAUGUACUACUUUGCGCGAAACCAAGUGGACAACUACAUGAAAAUCGUGUUGGAAAACUCGUGUCGGCCCGACGAGCACGAAUGUCCCUUCGGCAGGACCAGCAUCGAGCUGACCAAACUGAUUUGCAACAUUCUGCAAAUCGGCGAGCAACCUUCCGAACAGGGUCAGACCUACCACCCCAUGUUCUUCACGCACGACCACCCUUUCGAGGAGUUCUUCUGCAUUUGCAUAGUGCUGCUGAACAAGACGUGGAAAGAGAUGAGGGCCACCGCCGAGGACUUCGUCAAGGUGAUGAGCGUGGUGCGCGAGCAGAUCAAACGGGCCCUGGACACUCAGCCCGCCAACAUGGAGAAGUUCAAGUUGCAGUUGCAGGCCCUGACCUACUCGGACAUCACACAGCUCUGGCAACAGGAACAAAUCAACCGCGAGGAGUGGGAGUCGCACGCACGCCCAGUCGUCGAGCUCAAGGAGCAAAUAAUGCCGGAGAUCAUGGACCUCAUCAAGCAGCAGAGGCUCGGAUUUUUGGUGGAAGGCACGCGAUUCACCAAACAGUCAAAAGGACAGCGGUCCAAGUUCAAAUUUUGGUACGUGAGGCUCUCCCCUAACCACAAAGUGCUGCAUUACGGCGACUGUGACGAAAAAAGUGCCCCCGCACUUGAAGAACUGCCCAAUAAGCUGGCGGUUGUUGAUAUUAAGGAUCUGGUCACUGGCAAAGACUGCAGGCCUAACAAAGACAUCAAGAAAAAAGCCGCGUCGCAGCUGGCAUUUUCUUUAAUUUUGGAAUCUCAGUCAGUGGAGCCUACCACGCUAGAUUUCCUCGCACCUGAUGAGCUAGUCUUUGAUUAUUGGACAGAUGGAGUGAAUUCACUUCUAGGUAAACCAAUGAUCAGCAAGGAGAAGGAAAAGGACCUAGAUAUCCUGCUUGGGAUGGAAAUCAAGUUGCGCCUUCUGGACGCAGAAGGUGUGGACAUACCGCAGGACCCGCCGCCAAUCCCACCUCACCCAAGCAAUUACGAAUUUAGUUAUGAAUACGAAGUAAAGUAAUAUUUCGACAAAAAUGUUUGAUGAAACAUUUUCUAAGCCUAUUUAUAUAAUUAUAUACUACGCGCAAUUUUAGACCAAAAGAAUUUUACUCAAGGUUCAAUAAACAAAGUAAGAUCUGUAGUACCUACUCCGCGACUCUCUUUCUGUCAUCAAGAGAUUGUAUUUGAUAUUUUAAUGUAACGAAUAAUAAAAACAAACAUGCAUGCAUAA